AUGGAGCCGGCGGCGCUGGAGCGGUUCCACAGCCCGGGCAAGGGCAGCGGCCUCCGCUCCCACCGGAGCGUGCGGCCCGGAGAGCUGCUCUACCGCGACGUGCCCUUCGCCUACGUCCUCAGCAAGCAGCAGCUGGGCAGCGCGUGCGAGCGCUGCCUGCGCAGCAGGAAUGAAAAUCUGCACAGAUGCUCUCAGUGCAAGGUUGCUAAAUACUGUGGUACAACUUGUCAGAAAGAAGCUUGGCUGGACCACAAGCAGGAAUGCAAGUGUCUUAAGAGCAUCAAGCCCAAUUUUCCUCCAGACUCUGUCAGACUUGCUGGAAGGAUUGUUUUUAAACUACUCAGACAAUCAGUAUGCCCUUCUGAGAAACUCUACUCUUUUGCCGAUCUUCAGUCAAACACUGAACGGUUAAGCGAAGAAAUGAAGGAUGGCCUCAGGCACCUUGCACAGACUUUGCAACUGUAUUUGAAAACUGAGAUCCAGGAUGAGUCUCAACUGCCACCUGCAAUUGACUUUUUUCAGAUCUUCACAAAAGUAAGUAGUCCUGGCACAAUAAUGGAGACCAUUGUUCUCAGCAGAGGGCUGCGAUGUGUGGUUAUGCUCUUUUCAGUAGCUGAUACUGUGGUGACCUGUAACUGUUUCACCAUCAGUAAUGGAGAGAUGCAGGAUGUUGGUGUUGGCCUCUAUCCCAGCAUGUCUUUACUGAACCACAGCUGUGACCCAAACUGCGUGAUCGUUUUUGAAGGAUACCAGCUUUUACUUCACUCUGUCCGAGAGAUCCAGAUUGGUGAAGAGCUCACCAUCAGCUAUGUUGAAUCACUGGUGCCUACCAGGGAACGCCAGAAGCAGCUGAUGCGCCAGUAUUGCUUCGAAUGUGAUUGUCCACUCUGCCAGAACAAAGAGAAGGAUGCUGAGAAACUGGAUGGUGAAGAGCAUGCCUGGAAAGAAGUCAAAGAUGCUAUAAAUGAAGUGAGAUACCCAAAAUCAAAAGAAGAGUGGAAGCAUGUUCUGGCAAGGUGCCAGAAUCUCUUGAGGAGCCACAAGGGUCAUCUCCCAGAUACAAAUAUCUACCAGCUGAAAAUGCUUGACUGUGCCAUGGAUGCCUGUAUUAACCUUGAAUCCUGGGAAGAAGCAUUGUAUUAUGGCAGCAGGACUCUGGAACCAUACAGACUGUAUUAUCCUGGUUUCCAUCCACUGAGGGCUGUCCAGCUGAUGCGAGUGGGCAAACUGCAGUAUAGUCAAGGCAUGGUUCCUCAGGCACUGGAAACCUUGAAACAGGCCUAUAAUAUUAUGAAGGUGACCCAUGGGACAGAUCACAGCCUGAUGAAAGCCUUGAUGGAGAUAAAGGAAGAGUGUGAGGCCAUGAUGAGAAUACAGUGAAGAUAAUCUCUAGUCUGGAAAACAAAGUAUUCGAGGACAAAGAUCAUGUUUUUUAUUUAAUUGUGAAGCUUCUCAAUGGUUUUAGUGUCUUUUCUUUAGGUCCUAUUUGCUUUACAAAAAGGUUCAAUGUUAGUUUUGCUGUAUGGUCUGAAUUGAGUUGGUGUUUGGCAGAAUUCCUGUAAUUUUCAGAGGAUUUUUUUUUGUCAUCAACCAUCAGUCUUAUUGACAAUAACUAACAAUACCUAAUUAUUUGAUUAUAAGUAUUGGGAAAUGCAUCAUGAAAGUCUUCAUCAGUUACAAAGUGAUCUAAUUCCAUUGAUAUCAGCAGUCAAUUUUUUAUAUCAGUUUAUGCCAGCAAUUAGGAAUCUCUUGUCAGACACAUUAGAAAUUAGGAGAAUAUACUUUUUCGCUUUGCCUUGCCCUUUGGUAUGGUUUCCAAAAGCCUGAUCUAGUGCUCUUUGACAUCAAAUAAGUUUCCCAAUAUUUUAUAUGGGAUUUUCUUCCCUCCCAAUAGAUCUGCAGGGCUUUGUCUGUCUUCUUCCAUUUCAUGUCUUAUAAUAUUGAAUACUAAAAUGGAUUAAAUAAAAAAAUUUAUCAUAGGAAA